AUGAGGUUCUCAAGAUACGCACUGACGGCAAUGGCCGUGCUCUCGGGUGUCAUGUCGGCUGCAGACCAAGCCCCUGCGGCAGCCCAAUCGCCAGCACAGGUUGCCAUGCAGAUGUUUCCGAAAUGUGCACUGUUUUGCCUCGCAAAAAUCAUCCCAAAGUCGGCUUGUUCACAAACAGACGUACCCUGUUUGUGUACCAACGUGCCACUCAACACGCAGUUAGCAGGAUGUAUCAUGCAGUCGUGCACUACAUACGAGGGACUGAUGUCAAAAAACGCGUCAAUGACGAUGUGUGGUGCACCGGUUCGCAAUGAGACUGCCAAGCCUCUUCUGAUCGGAGUGAUCGGGGGAGCCAUCACAUUCUUUAUUUUCGGGCUCCGGAUGUGCGCUGGUCUACCUGUUGGUGGUAGGCCCUGGGGGUGGGAUGACUUCACAAUUGUCAUCGCCAUGGCACUCGCCAUACCUCCCACCGUAUUUGCUGUAACCCUGUCAAACAACGGACUCGGCAAAGACAUGUGGACUCUACCCCAGCAGCAGAUUGAGAACGUCCUUUACUACUAUUACUUGGGAGAGCUAUUCUAUUUUGCGGCACUGACUGCAACCAAGUUGAGCAUUCUUUUCUUUAUACUUCGUGUUUUCGGGAUGGACCAGAAAUUCCGGCCGUUCGUUUACGGAGCAAUGGCUCUCUGCCUUGCAUACGGAAUCGCCUUCAUUACCUGCACGGCACUGCAGUGUUCGCCUAUCAGCUACUCCUGGGAGCAAAUCGACAGUAAAAAAGUCGGAAAAUGCAACGACAUUCAUCUCCAAGGGUGGAUGUCAGCUAUCUGCAACAUCGUCAUCGACAUCAUCAUCUUGGUUCUUCCCCUAAAGAAGCUAGCUGGGCUUCAGAUGAAGCUCAAGAAGAAGCUCAUGAUUAUGUUCAUGUUCUCUCUGGGAAUCUUUGUAACCAUUGUCAGUGUAAUUCGUCUCAGGUCCCUCAUCCUCUUUGCCAACUCGCAGAACAUCACUUGGGACUAUACCGAGGCAGCCUGGUGGAGCACCGUCGAAAUUGAUGUCGGUAUCAUCUGCGCUUGUCUACCUUCGCUGCGCUCUCUUUUCAUUGCAUUGGGCGUAAAGAAACUUGGCUCGACCAAUGGCAACUCACAUGGUCACUCGAGUGGUAAAAGGUUAGCUGGAAUAAAACCCGGGACGAACAAGAGCGGAAUGAGCUCUACGGCGGAGAAGUCGGCCAAAAGCGCCCCACGGCAAGGCGAUGAAAGAGACUUCAUCCCACUGGUCGACGUGGACAAUAGCAAGUCGGACUUCGGCGAAUCGCUUCACAAUGUUCACAGUACCGUGUCAGCCUCAUCGUUGACUGCCGGUGCAGGGAAGAAUACCCAGUUAUAG